CUCCCCGCGGCGCCGUCCCUAGGAGAGGCCGGGAGGAUUGUGGCUGGCUGCUGCAUUCUCAGACGGUCGUCAGUAAUACAACAGUGCGGCCAUGGCAGAACCUCAGCCCGUGUCCAGCGGCCUCACCGACGAGGCUGCCUUCGGUUGCUGCUCCGACCCGGACCCCAGCACCAAGGAUUUUCUGUUGCAGCAGACCAUGCUACGAGUUAAAGAUCCUAAAAAGUCACUGGAUUUUUAUACUAGAAUUCUUGGAAUGACGCUACUCCAAAAAUCAGAUUUUCCCACUAUGAAAUUUUCAAUCUAUUUCUUGGCUUAUGAGGAAAAAAAUGACAUCCCAAAAGAUAAAAAUGAAAAAGUAGCAUGGGUGUUCUCCAGGAAAGCUACACUUGAACUGACACACAACUGGGGCACCGAAGAUGAUGAGACCCAGAGUUACCACAGUGGCAACUCAGACCCUCGAGGAUUUGGUCACAUUGGAAUUGCUGUUCCUGAUGUACAUGGUGCUUGUAAAAGAUUUGAAGAACUAGGAGUCAAAUUUGUGAAGAAACCUGAUGAUGGUAAAAUGAAAGGCCUGGCAUUUAUUCAAGAUCCUGAUGGCUACUGGAUUGAAAUUUUGAAUCCUAACAAAAUGACAACCAUUAUUUAGUUCUGUGAGAAUACUGCUUUGCGAUUUCAGUGAAGACCUUGUGGGAGGUAAAAAGGAAAUAGUGUUAAUCAAGAUAUUCAGAUAACAGAAACAUCUAAGACUGAAGGAUCAUUGUCCCAAUUCAAAUUGUUCUGAAGUCCAUUCCCCUUUUCUAUUUCAGCUAUGUGUUUCACCUAACUGUUCAGUCAUUCUGGUUUUAAAGUAGUGCUUUGUCUUGUGUCCUUGACUGUAGUUAUAUAACUUUACUUUUUUAGAUAAUAAUUAGAACAGUUCCCUUCAGAGGCUGCAUUUGGCUUCUGUUUCCUAAAUAUGAAUAUGACUUCUCUACAAGUCUGCCUUUGAAUCCUCAUUCUCAAAAAAAAAAAAAAAAAUUGACAAGUUUUUGUUGUGGUUACCUUCUGGGGUUUCAGUUCCUCAGAAAUAACUUCACAAUGGAAAGUAAAGAACAGUGAACAAAAAUGAAACUUCAUGUAUAUUUCAAACAGUAUUAGGUGUUUAUUUUACAAAAGAGAAGGUAGUCUUGGGAGCAAUUCAGAAUCAGACUGACAAGGAUGUUGAUAGGAAAACUAGUUUCUCCUUAUUCACGAAGUACUUUCAAAGUUCAAGGACUAACCUCUUUAUUUGGGGAUGGGGAGGUAGAUGGGAGUAAUACUUACUGGGUAUGCAGACACUGGGCUAGACUGUCGCAUACUGUAUCUCAUUUAAACCUUCCAGCUAUCCUUCAUCCUGAGAGAAAGCAAGCAGGCUAGACACGUAAAUAACUUUAAUGGAAUUGAAGGCAAUAUAAAUAGGCUCCAGUGCUUGAGCUCUGAUGAUCACUUUUAGUGUUUAGAUUGUACCUCAAAAAUUAGUGCCUCACAAUACCUUCUCCACUCAUCUCUGCUGUGCAAACCUCCAGUGGGCUUGAACGUUGUCCUCUCAGCUCUGGGCCCUGAGAACCACGGAGAGGGAAGAAAGGGCGGAGGAAGUCUGUAGCACACAACUGCUCUGGGGACACCUGCUUAUUCCUGGGCAAGCAACGCUUGUAUUACUCGUGAAAAGCCCCUACCCCAAGGUCUUCCUGAUGCCAAGUAAUCAUUUAGGGUAAAUUAUGUUCAGUGACAACAUUACUUAGUUAUCAGAGAGCAGCUCUAUGGUCUUCCUUGCCAUUGAUAUUUGGUGGAUUUUAAGAAACCAAACUGAUUUUGACAGUCUCGUGGCCCAGAGAAUAAGAACGUCCAGUUUGUGGUUUACCUGACAUUUUAGAUUUUCCAUAGGCUCCAGUGGAAGACCUUUGGGUAGGCUGUGCCAACUGUGCUAACAUGGCUACAAGCACCUGACAUUUCUUUUUUGGAUGGAAUGGAUUAUGUGAGCAAGUCAAACAAAUAGCAGGACUUACAGACUGAAAUAAAGUACACUUUUAAAUAAGACCGUG